AAAUUUUUGUUUGAGAAAAAUGGCUGACCGUGAUAGCGCAUCCGAAAGCGACUCAAGCUCGAUCGACGGAGGCCCGAUAAUGAUGCCACCGUCACCUGUAACUAGAGAACAACUUCAAAAAAGGAUUGAGUCGCUGCAACAACAUAAUCGUGUUCUUAAAGUCGAGCUAGAGACGUACAAAUUGAGAGUAAAAGCGUUGCAGGAGGAGAACCGUGGUCUUCGGCAAGCCUCUGUCAUUAUACAAGCCAAAGCUGAGCAAGAAGAGGAAUUUAUAAGUAAUACAUUAUUGAAAAAAAUUCAAGCGCUUAAAAAAGAAAAGGAGACAUUGGCACAUCAUUACGAACAAGAAGAAGAAUGUUUAACGAACGAUUUGUCCAGAAAAUUAAAUCAAUUGCGCCAAGAAAAAUGCCGGCUAGAACAAACUCUAGAACAAGAGCAAGAAUGUCUUGUGAACAAGUUAAUGAGAAAGAUAGAGAAACUUGAGGCCGAAACACUUGCAAAACAAAGUAAUCUAGAACAGUUGCGUAGAGAAAAGGUGGAAUUGGAAAAUACACUUGAACAAGAACAGGAAGCAUUAGUAAAUAAAUUAUGGAAAAGAAUGGAUAAAUUAGAGGCGGAAAAACGAAUGUUACAAAUAAAAUUAGAUCAACCUGUCUCAGAUCCUGCUUCGCCAAGAGAGAUCAAUAAUGGUGAUACUGCUACUAGUCUAAGUGCACAUAUUCAAACUCUGAGAAGUGAAGUAGCCAGACUUAGACAUACAUUGUUCAUCUCACAACAAGAACAUACAGAAAAAAUGCAACGAUAUGUAAAUGAAGAAAAACAAAUUCGUGAAGAAAAUUUAAGACUUCAAAGGAAAUUGCAAUUAGAAGUAGAACGUCGUGAAGCUUUAUGUAGACAUCUCUCAGAGUCCGAAUCCAGUUUGGAAAUGGAAGAAGAACGGCACUACAAUGAAAUUGUGAUGUCUGGUGGAAAUAUAAGGAAUCGUACUGUUUCUAGCCCAGUGCCGUACAAUCCUUCACCUAGUUCCUCUAGACCAUUAAGUCCAGGUUCAUCAACCAGAGAGGGAUUUAACACAAAUCGAUGUUAUGCUUGUGGUCAACCUACUACAAUUCCAUUUGCAAGUUCAUCACCACCUUCCAGUGGCCACAUGGUAACAUCGUCCAAUAGACGCACAUCAGAUAGAUUUAUUAAACCUGCAAUUCCACCAACUAUUGUAAGUCCAAGUGGUCCACCAAUUGCCGCUAAUACAACUACAAAUGCAACUAGCGGAUCACCAAUGGAUAUUACUAAAACAUAAGUCAGUUGAUUUCAUCUAAUAACAAAUAUUUCAUCGUGUAUUCGUAUAAAGUACUUUUUUUGUUGAUGCAUUUUUGCUAUGUGAUUGUAUAACAUAUUCGAAAGUUAUUGUAAAAAGAGUUUUCGUUUUCAAUAUUUCAAUCAUUUUAUGAUCGUAGUAUGUGAAAAAAUCAAUUACGAAAUAUUCAUAAAAAUAAGUAAUCUAUAAAUUGCUCUAAACUUGGUAUCAAAUCGCUUAAAUCUUUCUUAAAACAUACAAAAUAGCAUUUAUAUAAAAAAAAAAAAAACAUUAAUAAAGUCACAUAUGAAAUUCUGAGCUGCUUUAAAUAGCCUAACAAAAUGAAAAUUUUAAAAAAAUCGCUCUUCUAAUUUCUUUUGUACUUUAUUAUUAUUAUAAUAAGUAAUCUAAUGUAUUAUUUAAAAUAUAGAGAGAAAUAUCAUGUUUUAAUUUAAAGUACUUAGGUAAUAGAAACAAAUAUUUCUGUAGUAUUUACUAUAUAACUUAUUUAAAUUUUAAUAUUUUUUUUGUAAUGUUAACUUUUAUAACGUGAUUAUAUGGCAUAAUAAUAAGACAAUAAUAUAAUUUUCUUGAAGUUGCACAACUAUAAUUUUGUAUGAUUAAUAUUUGUAAUGGAACUAGAAGAGCGAAUAUAUAUUUAAAAUUAAUAUGCCUUAAAAAAAUAUGCAAUUAUGGUUAAAAAAAAUGAUUAGUGAAAAAAGAAGAAUAAUUAAGAUGAAAAAUGGAAAUUUUUUAAAUUCUUUUUUUCCAAACAAUAUUUGAGUUUAUAAUAUUUAAAAUAUAAUUGGUUUAAUAUUUUGUAUACAAUCACAUAAUGUGACUAUAAACAUUGCUAUGCUAUGUUUGAAAUCGACGAAACUAAUAUCGUGACAGUAACAUCUACAUGACAUUGUUGCAUUUAAAUGCAAUCAUAUUAUAUGUUUAAAAUGGAAAGAUUAUUACUAUUAUUAAAUAUAUUUUAAAUAUUUUAUUCUGUUAAGAAUGUUACAAACAUUAAUUGCAUAUUUUCAGUUUCUAAAUAAGUAAUAUAAUUUUAUUUAUCGAACGUGCAACAAUUUAACGCAUGUAAUAUUUGUUCUAUCUUGAAGUAUUAAUAACAUCAGUUUUUGAAAAUAUAUGUGUAUUAAGUUAAAUAUUAAAUUAGUAUAUUUUGUCCUUUUAAUCAUAAAAUUUACAAAUUUGUAACAUAUGUCAUGUAUAAUAUGUUUUCAAUUGAUAUUUAUAUAAAUGUGAUAAAGUUAAACAUAACAAUCUUGUGCUAUAUUUUAUCAUAAUUUGAACAUUAUUAUUUUAUUGAUCAUAAUUAUAUUAUUAUUAUUGGUGCUCAAAAUGUGAGAUUCUUCAAUUUGUUAUUAAAAAUAUAUUAUGGACAUUUUUAUUCUUUGUCCAAUAAUGAAAUAAAAAGAUAUGUGAUUCAGUUUUUUAGUUGAAAAAAAAAGAAAAAAGAAAAAAAGAAAGAAAUUCAGUCUUUGCAUUAUAGAAUUCCACCUAAAAUUUAUAUGUGUAAUACUUGGGUAUCAUAUAUGUCGCAAUGUAUUAGUCAUAAAAUUAUUAAAAAAGAUGCAAAUUGAUAUCACACAAAAGCUAACCUAAAAUCAUAAAACUAUUGAGAAUUAAAUGAUAAAUCUUUACCAAUAAUAACAAAAAUUAAUACUUUUUUUAAGCUUUAUAAAAUAGAUGUUUCAUGAAUACUCUACAUAUGAAUAAAACGUUGCUACAUUAUAUGGAAUAUAGAUGUAUCAAUUGUCAUAUAUAAAGAAAUUUUGUUAAAACAAAGAAUUAUUACUUAUUAAUAGUUAUAUACAGAUAUAUUUCAUUAUUACAUAUUAUGUACUUUACUUAAGCUUUUACGAAAUACAGUCACUUUUUUGCUA